GUCUUCAAAGCUUCCCAUUUGCAGCCUCAAAACCAAAAGCCAAGUUCCCUUCCCUGCCACCUCUCUAUAACAGCAAGAGCAUACAUAACAUUGCUUACAACAAUAAGUCACACAUUAUCUUCUUCUUCAUUCAAAUAUACAUUGAUAUUGAUCUUGAACAUUACUAUAAUUACUUUAGCACAACAACAAGUCUUUAGUUUGCUUCUUGUUUUGCAAUCAACUGCGCCUUUUACAGCUUCAACCGUUGCGCGCUUCUCCUUAGGGAUGGAUAGGUGGGAGAGGAUUUAAAGAACUCAACUUCACCUGCACUGCUGCUUGUAUGCCAUGACUACAAGUGCAGGCUCUAAAGGGGAAAUGGAGGGGAUUACUGAGAGAUAUAGCAAGAUCAAGAAAGGUUCUUGGUUAGACCAAUUUCGAUAUGGUUCUAAUCCUUGGAUGGCUAGAUAUCUUUACGCCUUAUUGUUUCUCAUUGCUAAUUUGUUAGCUUGGGCUGUUCGUGAUUAUGGGCAUAGCAUUUUGAAAGAAAUGAAGAGACUUAAAGGAUGUAAUGGUGGUGAAGACUGUUUGGGUGCAGAAGGAGUAUUAAGAGUUAGCUUGGGGUGUUCUCUUUUCUAUUUUGCCAUGUUCCUGUCUACAGCUGGUACUUCGAAAAUAAAUGACCGUAGAGAAUUAUGGCACUCAGGAUGGUGGUUUGCCAAGCUUUUCAUGAACAUUUCUCUAAUUAUACUGCCCUUUCUUCUUCCAGCAGAAAUUAUUUCAAUCUAUGGCCAGGUUGCGCAUUUUGGUGCUGGGGUCUUUUUACUAAUCCAGCUGAUAAGUAUAAUCAGUUUUAUCACAUGGCUGAAUGAUUGCUGUCAUUCUGAGAAAUACGCUGUGAGAUGCCACAUCCAGAUGAUGUUGCUUGCGACAGUUGCAUAUGUUAUAUGCAUCCUUGGGAUCAUCUUAAUGUACAUUUGGUAUACGCCUCAACCAUCGUGUCUUCUGAAUAUUUUCUUCAUCUCCUGGACGUUAGUACUACUGCAACUCAUGACCAGUGUUUCUCUUCACCCAAAGGUGAAUGCUGGUUUCCUGACUCCAGGUUUUAUGGGGCUAUAUGUGGUGUUUCUCUGCUGGUCUGCCAUCAGAAGCGAACCUGCAGAGGAGAUAUGCAUCCGGAAAGCAGAAUCAGCUACUGGAAAAGGAGACUGGUUCACCAUCAUAAGCUUUGUUGUAGCGGUCCUUGCAAUUGUCAUUGCAACAUUUUCAACUGGAAUUGAUUCAAAAUGCUUUCAGUUCAAAAAGGAUGAUGUACCUGAAGAAGAUGAUGUGCCAUAUGGUUAUGGAUUCUUUCACUUCGUCUUUGCCACAGGAGCUAUGUAUUUUGCAAUGCUAUUAAUCGGAUGGAAUCCGAAUCACACCAUGAAGAGGUUUACAAUAGAUGUUGGUUGGACCAGUACUUGGGUAAGGAUAGUGAAUGAAUGGCUUGCAGUUUGUGUUUACAUAUGGAUGCUCGUGGCUCCUAUCGUUUGGAAAAGAAGGCAACUAGCAGCAUCACAAGUGUGACAGACUUCAGCACGUAAUCACAUUGCCAAGUUGCUGCAAUUCCUAUGGCUGGCCUUCGCGGCUUUCAUGCUUGUCCCGGAGGAAAAAAAUGAAGCAAGUCUCAGCAUAUGUGCUAUUUGAAGACAAAAUGUCCUGUCUAAUCACCUCUCUUCAAGCUAAAAACACUAUAUAAUAUGGAGCGGAGGGAUUAAGUCCGAUUAAAUCUUAGCCCUUUGUAUCUGGAAAGCAGAUAGAUACAUGUAAAUGUCAUAGCUUAUGUAACGUUAUAGAAUCUCGAUUUCUUGAUUUUUUUUUUCUUACAUCUUAGUGAAAAGUGAAAACAGAAAAAGGUUUAAAGAACACACAAUAGUGAAGGAAAUCUUUUCUUUUUUCUUUGAAUAGUUUGUACUCCCCUUGAACAUUGAUGGAAAAAUCAAGAACACACAAUUCUCAGGAUUCUUCUAUGUAAAUAUGUUCACUAGUCAUUAAAAACACACAUUUUGAGAGGA